CUAGAGGAAACGGAUAUUUUUAGAAUAAUCGUGUGCCUGUCGAGUGUCUUCAGCAUUUCACUGAAAUAAUGACCUGAAUAUAUCUUCAAAAAAAAGGUGUUAAGCUCUUCUUAAAUCUUUUGUCAGAGCCUGUGGUGCGCUGUGGACUGAUGGGGAAGUCAGACAGCCAACUUACUAUUGUAUCUCCCUGAUAUUUGAAGUCAUGGGUGUGAAAAGUGACCAGUCAAGUUAGUGGACAAACGGGAAGGAGUCACGCCGCAGAUGAAAGCGCCUUUUCCACAUGGAGACGGACCUCAGGCUGGAGUCAAGUUUGUGGAUCGGGAAUAAAAGGUACCGGGCGGUCCUGACGGGCUGGCAUUUCAACUGGACCGAAGUGGACAAGAAGAACCGCAACAAGAAAACGAUUUCAGUGCCAGUUGCUGAGGUGGUUGGAGUGGAGGAGGGCCGAGUGGAGAUCCUGCCCCACAAGUCGGUUGAGGACUCAGACAAAGACUUCACAGUUUGCUAUGUGAAGCGUAGCAGCAGCGGUGGCUCCUACGGGUUGCUAUGGAGACUAGGCCGGACCCAGUUUAGCUGCCCGAGUCGGGUCCUCAGAGACCAAUGGAUCAAACACCUCAGAACUGCCCUCAAAACUCACAGUCCUUUGCGCCCCCACAGACUGUUGGUAUUUAUCAACCCAUUUGGAGGGAAGAGAAAAGGCCGACAGAUCUAUCAUUCUCUGGUUGCUCCUCUCUUUGAGCUAGCUGGUAUUAGUGCUCAUGUAACAGUGACUGACCGGGCCAACCAGGCCAGAGACUACCUCCUAAAGAAAGACCUCACAGGCUUUGACGGUGUGGUCUGUGUGGGAGGGGAUGGCAUGUUCAGCGAAAUACUUCACGGCUUGAUUGGGCGGACACAACAAGAGGCUGGCCUUUGUGAGAAUGAUCCCUCGGUGACAUUGCAGCCUUGUCCGCUGCACAUUGGCAUCAUCCCUGCAGGCUCUACAGACUGUGUGUGUUAUGCUACAGUGGGUGUGAUUGACCCUGUUACCUCUGCUUUACACAUUAUCAUUGGAGACUCUCAGCCUUUGGAUGUGUGUUCAGUUCAUCAUGCCUCGGCUCUGGUGCGAUACUCGGUGUCUCUGUUGGGUUAUGGUUUUUAUGGGGAUGUACUGGCUGAGAGCGAAAAGCACCGCUGGAUGGGACCUCUCAGAUAUGACUAUUCAGGUACUAUGAUGUAUCUGAGCAACAGAAGCUAUGCAGGCAUAGUUCAGUAUCUCCCAGCAGACCCACUGCUCUCCAGCCCCAGGGACAAAACACGCUGCCUCUCAGGGUGCAGUGUAUGCUCCAGAAGUACAGAAAGACUUUUCCCCCACUCUGCAGAUUCAGCCUCCAUGUGUAGCUCCCACUUCAGCCAGUUGAGCUGCGACUCAGAAGAUGAGUGGGUGAGUAUUAAAGGUCAGUUCAGGUGUGUGUCGCUCACCUGUAUGUCCAGCUCAUGUCCCAAAAGCCCUCUGGGUCUUUCUCCCUCUGCUCACCUGGCUGAUGGGACCGGGGACCUGAUUGUGGUGUGGGACACUCACCCACUAGGUUUCCUCAAGUUCCUCUAUAGACACACAAACACACAGGACCAGUUUGACCUGCCAUUUGUGGAGGUCCACCGUGUCAAGGCUUUCCGUUUCUUCCUCCCCUCCGAUAAAGAGGAGGAAGGAUACGAGGAGAUCGGAAGUCUAAGUGGCACUGUGGAUAAAGAAGAGCGAGUGUGUAGCGUGGAGACGGUGAGUAGGACUGGAUCUCAGCAGUACCUGGUGGACAGAGAAGUGCAGCGAGAAAAGCCAAAUGAGCAGAAGACGGCCUCCUCCUUCCUGUGUGGUCUGUGCUGCAGUAAAGCUCCUGCUGUGUCCGUGUGGAACUGUGACGGAGAGAUUCUGCCUUUCACAGACAUCCUCUGCAGGGUUCAUGGCCAGUUGGUCCGUCUCUACGCUCGGGGUAUAGAGGACGGAGCAGCCAUGCAUGACUUCUCAGAGACGGAGAAGAGUGAAAGGAGCCGCAUCCUUCACAAGUGACAACCAGUGUGUAAAAGGCACUAAUGUGUAACCUAACUGCAGUCAGUCAUAGCCAAGGAUUUCCUAAUAUUUCAGGUACCUUGAGAGGUUUUAACAUUGCAAUAAUGAAGAUAUAUUUAUUCUUGAAAAUAUGUGUACAUAUGUAUAGUGUUACCCAUAAUAACGCUGAAGAGUGUAGCUCGGAUCUUUCUGUACAUCAAAGUGAUUUGCUGUUUUGUAUGUUUUCUAUAUAUUCAUUUGAGCUUCCAGAUGGUAAAAUCAUAACAAAUGUCAACUGAUUCAAUAGAAAAAUCAUAUUUAUACAAUAAAAUGUUGGUCUGACCUGAUUGCUCCAUACUUUAUUGUUGUGUAAGACUGAUAUCGCAACAUACCAUGACUAAAUUUAGUGGCUCUAACUUUUUUUGACAUUGGGUGCUUCUAUGAAACUGGGUUCAUUUUGGUAUCUGG